AUGGUACGGAGGGGAAACGGCGGAGCAGCGACGCCGUGCCCGCGGCCGAGCCUGCGGCUCCAGUUGCGGCCGUGCCCGCGGCCGUGCCGGCCCGCUGGUGGACCCUAUCCGCAGUCCAGCGCCUGGAUAGACGACGGCGAUCGGACCGGGCGGCCUCUGCCUGUUAACUUCGGCCCUAGGCCCUUCCCUCUGCU